GUUUUUAAUAGAAUUUGUUUUUAAGGUAUGGGAUGCACUUCUUAAGAAAAUGCCAAUGACAGCAAUGAUUCGUAAUCUUAACAAGAUGACAGCGAUUGGCUUGCUUGAAGAAAACAAUGAACAGGUGCAGUUAGUGUGUGAGAAUUUGCGCAACGAAGACUUGCUGAAGAAGGCUCGUAUCCACCCAUUCAAUGUGUUGCUAGCGUUGAAACAGUACGAAUCUGGCCGUGGGGACAAGGGAUCUCUCACUUGGAAGGCAAUUCCGAUCAUUACCAAAGCACUGGAGGACGCGUUUUAUUUGUCAUUCAAGGUUGGUUGGGUUGUGCACUGUAAAUCUGGGAGUGUUACCACAACACCAAAGUCGGUGUAAAUUCUUGCCUCGAUAAUACUUUUCACCCAAUGGCCUCGUUUUCGUGUCAAAUACUUACUCAUGUUUUGUGCUCAUUAUAGUAGGGUUGAAAAUUACUUUGUUAUUGAGCCUAAGAGCAGCAAGAAAUAAAUUCGUCCUAAAGUAAGUUAACAUGGAAACGACGAGGCCAUUGGGUAAAAGAGAAUAAUCGGUAAGGUCUAUUGAAUAAACUAUAUUACAAAUAAUUAGCAAAGUUGAAGGAUUGUCUAGUUGCUGACUGUAAGCUCCAUGGGCAAACUAUUCUAAACCACUGCUCCCCUGUACUGUAGCUUAAAGAUUUUUUCUUCAAAUUUGUGUUUGGUUUAAGCGGUAAGAAGUCAUGCCUUGAAUGUCAGUUUGGUAGCUGCGAACUUCGUCAAUACUUGGUCAAUACUUGUCCUUAAACAUUAAAGUUGCUAAUUGUUCACUUCUGUUCUCAAUUUCAGAAUGUAGAACCGACAGGUAAACGACACAUGUUGGCCAUGGACGUGAGUGGAUCCAUGCAGUGUGGUGGGUGUGUCGGAUCACCCAGUAUUCAGCCUCAUGUUGCUUCCGCUGCAAUGGCGAUGGUCACAGCUCGGACUGAAGAUGAUCAUAUAUUCGUCGCCUUCAGCCACACAAUUGUUCCAAUGAACAUAAAUAGUCACAUGAGAUUGGAAGAAGUAUUGAAAGCAGCGUCUUCGGUAAGUGAUAAGGUUCAAAUAAAUACAUCCAAGGUAUUUGCAGUUCUUAGAUUUUUAUUUGAAAUUUCGCGCAUUUAUAGGCCCGUUUACACUUGCAAUUUUUCUUGCUAUUUCUAGAGCGAUUUUCUUCUUUUGAUGGAUGUGAACGAGUGGAUGAGUUAUAAAUGUUCAGAUGAAGGACCAUGUACUCAGAACAUUCAUAACUCAUCUACUCGUUCUCAUCUAUCAGAAGACGAAAAUCGCAGCAAAAAUUGCAAGUGUAAACGAGCCUUAUAUAUGUACAAGAAACCAUUCUUAAUAGGUACGCAAGAAAGGUAAGUAAUGUUAUAGAGUCCAGUUGUCGAGCUCUAACCGCAAGUUCAUUUAAUUUCAUCUAGCUUUGAACAAGUGGCCCUAGGUACGCUACUGUAUAUAAACACACACAAACACACAACAACUAUACAGAACUAUGAUGGUUGGGUGUCCAUAGCAGUCUAGGAGACCAAUUACUGCAGCCCAAAAGACAAUUUCACAAAUAAACAAUACAAAGUAACUAAUAAACUAUGAACUAUGUUUAUCGGUAUGGUUAAAGUCCUCGCUCUAUUGCAUCUUGGACAGAUAUAUUUAACAGUUCGUGGAUCUUCGGAUGCUGUAAAAUAGCCGGUAUAGCUUUUCAAUACAUUGUUGAAGGAGCGUAUGAAGUUCUCCGCAUUUAAGUCUAAUGUGUCUGUUAAUAAGGUAUUCCACGUUUUAAUAGCUCUGAUCCAAAACGAUCUUUGGUAAGUUGUUCAUUGUUUUGUACUGUGCAUGGAACAUGCAAGUUAGGUUAGUUAAGGUUUCCUCAGGCUGUUAAGGGGGCGGUCAUUAUUUAUAGCGGGGGUGGCACCAAAGAGAAAAGAAUUGGGCAAAAUUUUGAGUGGGUAAAAGGUUGGAUAAAUGAAAAACAAAACAAGUCAAGGGUAGGGUAAUAAAAAAUUAUUGUCAUUUCCAAAGCAUGACGCACUCAACUAUUGAAGACUAAAAAGCAAUGUCAACAGUCACGUGUCAAUACAAUAUGUGAAUCAAUCAGAGUCACUAUCUUGAUAAUUUUCCGACUUUUCAGGAGGCAAAUGGUGUCUCCAAAGAAAGUACAAGUGCACACAACAUGAAACUUUGGACUGCAGAAAAUUGCACAAGCAGUUAUCGAAGUAUCGAACUCAUGUCACAGAAAUUAUCACCCUAUCCUAUAGAAAUCGUUGCAGUUGAACUUGAAACUAAAAAUUCAAAAUGCUUGUUAAGUGCUUGAUAUCGCUAUCAAAGAGUGAUCAAAAUCUUUCACGUCUUUCCUACAAUCUUGCGAACACUAUGAUAAAUUACUUAUAACUGGUGAUUUUAAUUUUCCAGAUUUCACAUGGAAUUCGAAUGACAUUCAAGAUUGCACUUCUCCUCCUUAUAAAUGCGAUUGAAUUUCAAGAACUGAUCUAUGACUUUUUCCUUCAACAAGUCAACAUUUUUCCAACAAGAUUUAGACCUAGACCUCAUUUUAACCCAGACCUCAUCACCCCUGAUGAAGAUACUAGACUGGACUGUCGAAACGUUGGGUCUUGAUUACAAUUCGACUGGACUUUGUAAUCAUUUAUUUAAACCAGAGUAGCGAGUGAGACAUGAUUGAUGUACCUGGUUGCAGUGAACGAACAAACUUUAAAUAUAUGUAUUAAGUUAAGGUUACCCGUAAAGGAGUGUUCAGCCCUGUGGGUAUAACCUGUUAUUUUAUCUGACAAAGAUUGUAAAAUAAAAUAAAACAAAGAAGUAGAAAUGGUAAAGGACAUGCGUGACAACUGAAUGGUAUCCUUUUGUAAAAUUUUCGGCCAGGGGUGGGUAUAUAUAUUUUUAAUUGAUAACCCUAAACGGUUUUAGAGAAGGGGAAGAUGAACACAUUUCACUCUACAGCUAGGAAACUCUCUGAAGCCUCUGUAACCCAAGGUAAUCGUACUAUCGAUGUGUAUAGUAGAGUUACAGAUGUUUUUGUUAUCUUCCAGAUCACCAUGGGCAGUACAGACUGUGCUCAACCAAUGAUUUACGCACAGAAAAAUAACAUGAAGAUCGAUGUAUUUGUUGUGUACACAGACUGUGAGACAUGGUUUGGUAGCGUGCAUCCAAAUGAAGCUCUGAAACAGUACCGCAAGCACUCCGGUAUCUAUGAUGCCAAGCUGAUUGUCGUGGGCAUGACUUCAAAUGGCUUUACCAUUGCUGAUCCAGAGGAUCCUGGGAUGUUUGACAUGGCAGGCUUUGAUUCUGCAGCUCCCCAAGUCAUGAAGGAAUUUAUACUGGGAAAUAUUUAGACAUUCAAUACUCGCACAUUGUAGUGGAAAAUACACCUUUAAAUAAUCGGAACAAUGAAAGUAACUUUUUAACUACUGUAAUUAUAAUCAAAGUCGUUGAGGCCGACUCACGGAUGUGAUCAAAUGAAAGUGACAGAAAGAAUUAUAAACCAGUUUGGAGUUGUUUUGUUGCUUCGCAACAUCCGUGACUCAAAAAUCGGUAACUAUAGCAGUACAGGUUCCAUUUUUGAGCAUGUAGCUGCAUGUAACUAUAAUUAUAUAAUAACAUGUAUAUAACGCGUGCUCUGAUUGGUCGAAACCCGUGUUUGGAUCAGGCCAUCCAAACACGGAAAUUUAAAGUGAAAGUUUUUUAAAGUAAAAUUUUAACACGGAAAGUUGUUAUUUUAUAAAACAAUUACUUUAUGGUUUCCGUGUUUGGAUGGCCUGAUCCUAACACUUGGGAAUGUUGCUCGAGUCAAGAAAAGCGCGCAAAAUCACUCGCCUACUGCUCGUGAUUUCGCGCGCUUUUCUUAACUCUCGCAGCAUUCCCGCGUGUUUGGAUCAGGCCAUCCAAACACGGAAACCAUAAAGUAAUUGUAUAUUCUUAUAGCACCGCUUGUUUGUCUUGCAUGUAUUAUUAUUAUUCGCACAGUAAGCCUGGACUUGUAUAGCUUGUAGUUGUGGUUCGUUUUGAGUGAUGGAAACUUAGUAACAAUAAUCUUCAGUCGUCAUACUGUACGGAAAUUGGAAAAGAACUUCAUUUCAAAAUGAUAAAGCAACUUGUUUUAAGCUGAGGAAUAAGGGUUCUAGUUUAUUCGCCUUUUGGGAUUUUUCAGUGAUGUGCAAUUAAUUAAACGCCUGGAAUCAUGCUAACACAUUACAGUAAAGACUUUGGUUAUUGUUUAAUUAAAUAUCUCGGUGUUCAUCAAAUUAAAGACGACAUUUGUAGACCAUAAGGGGUAACGGGUGAUUUUCUGAAGAAAAGAAGACAUGACAUUUCUUCCGGCAUAAAAGUAAAUUACAACUUUGUAAUAUUUACCGUGUAGUAGUGUUUAAUUUGUCUUCAUAACUUACGUGAAGAUAUAUAAAAUAUAUCCGAUUUUUUGUGAUCUGAACAAUAUUUUAAUCUUAAUGGCAAAACUAGUGUAGUCUGUAGAGCACACAAAAUAAAUCACGGAA